CCUGGAGGUUCUGCUAUGCCAUGUGAGUAAUGGCUUCCUCAGCCCCAGGCCAGUUCAGUUACUCACCUCAGAGCCAAGGCAAUGGAGGGAACCCAGCUGCUCCUGCCUCCAAGCCCAAAGGAGGAAGAGGAGGGAGCAGCCAGCAAGAAUUCCUGCUCCCCCCACCGCCCAUCUUCAACCAGACAGCUCUGCCAAGCCACAACCCAGGGCUCAUCUACAGCUUGACGGAUGCCACAGUGUCCUCGCCCUCGGUGCUGGUCCAGACCCUGCCGGGGUCCUUCCCAGACAUCUAUGAUGGAGACACCAAGAAGUGGGAGGAGCAUUUCCACAGCAUCCAGAGGGCCUACAAGGAAUUUGGCAAGGAUGAUGACUUCGCCAUCCGGGUGCUGACCGAGGACUUCACCCUGCCAUUCCCAUUCACCUGGCCGGCUAAAGGUGAGGCAUCCCUGCAGCCAUCCUGUGACCCCACCGACUGCUCCGGCUUCGACUUCUUCCUGCACCCAGGCAAACCCGUGCCUCGAAUCCUGCAGCCGCUGCACGCCACCACCCAGGCCUUCUUCAAGAAGAGACGUUUGGAGCAGCUGGCCCUCAGCUAUGCCAGCCAGGCUUCCCAGGGGCCACCGGCACAAGCAGCCACUCCCCCGAUGCAGACAGACAUUGUGAUGAUCACCAGCCUGCCACAUGUGAGCACCUCCGCCAUUCCUGGAGAACCCACCUUCCUCCUAAAGGAUGGCAAAGGCCUGAGGAGCAUCCAGCCUGCCCCUGUGGCAGUCUCCAAUCCUGCCCCACCGCAGCUAGGAAAUCCUGGGUUCCUUACCCCAACCACAUCCCCUUUAAACCUUCAGUAAUGCUCCAGAUGUGUAUGAACCCAAACACGGCCCAUCUGACACACUCCAGAUGUUUAUGACCCCUCCACACAUCCCGUGUGAACACUCAAUAAUGUUUCCAGUGUUUAUGAACUCCAAUGCUGCCCGUCUUAAUGUUCCAGAUGUUUAUGAACUCCAGCGCUGACCAUAACAUACACUGAUGCGCCAGAUGUUUUUGAAGUCCAGUGCUGCUCACCUGGCCACUUGGGCUAUGUCUACAUUGCAAAAAAACAACCCCAUGGCAGCGAGUCGCAGAGCCAAGGUAACUGGUUUGGGCUCAUGCUGCUGGGCUAAAAAUAGCAGUGUAGACAUUCGCACCCAGGAUGGAGCCCAAGCUCUGAGGCCCUCUCCCCUUGCUGGGUUUCCAGCCUGGCAUGGAAUGUCUACACUGCUAUUUUCAGCCUUGUAGUGUGAGAUCUGCAAGCCCAAGUCAGUUGACACAAGCUCUGAGAGUCGCUGCUGCAACGUAGACAUGCCCUCAGUGACGAUCCAGAUGUUCGUUGUCUAGCUGGGAUCUGUAUGUUACAGCCUGGGUUGAAAGUUUAAUAAAAAUCAUCCUAUCUGCUGAAGGGGGACCCUACCAGCCUACCCUGUACAUGGAGAGAGCAUCCCAGGGAGAAGGUUAGUAAAAUGGAAUCAACUUGGACUCAUAUUUGGUCUUAAAAACUGUUUCUGUCAAGACCGAUUGGGCUCAGCUGACAGAAACAUAGAUCCUCUUCCACACCACAGCCAGGUCUCUCGCCAUGGGACGUCAGAGACACGUUGUAGGAGGCUCAGUCCCGUUACCAGCAGGACAGGUGUCAACACAACUCAGCUGCCCUUUUCACAGGCACCUUCAGCAGCACGAUCAGGGAUUAAAAUAGGCCCAGGAGACAGAAGCUGCAGCAUCCCGAUGACGGCUGGUCCAAAACUUACCAUCAAAAAUGGUAUGUCCCAAAACCAAAGUAUUUCCACUCUCAAAUGCCACCAGGGUUCCUCAUGGGAGCUGUAGUUUGGGGGACUCAUGCUUUUGGGCUAUGCCCCGGUCAGACUCCCAUGAUACACCAUGGUCAUACCACUGCCAUGAUGAACGGCCUCCCCUUGCCAAGCGAGGCGCUAGCAGUCCAUCGUGUCCAGAUGGGGAGCCUGGUCCACUCAGCAGCGUAUGAGGCACCACUGCAGAAUGGAAAUACCGUGGGGGGGGGUUCCCAAAAAACUCCAAAUUUAACCCCAUUUUCCAGCUCUAAUCCAGACUUUUCUUACUCUCCAACUGGCAGGUCCAGCCCCUCUUGGCCCCCUGCAAAUCCAUAUCAUGGGUGUGUGUAUGGGGAGCUGAGCUCUGAGUCAUAGGGGGGGUGAAGAUGAAUGCACCACACAAUUCCUAAGUUUUGCCCCCCUCCCAGCACUGCCAACCCCCACUGUGACACUUCCCGGGGUACCCAGGGCUGGGCGGCACCCUGCUACCCUCUGCUCUUACCGUGAGAGAGCCGCCGGUGCUAGCCAGGGGCCGUCUCCCCAACUCCACCAGCCACGGGCGACACAAGCAGUCAAACCUCAGCCUGGGCCGACCCCACGGUCCCUCUGCAGGUGAGCAACAGGCGCACUCCAGCUCCCAAGCCUGCCAAGCAUCUUCAGCACGGAGCCCCUGGGGCACUGGACACUCACUGUGUUUUCUCCCAAGGAACAGCACCGCCCACCUUGCCAGUUACGCCUCAGAUCCCCGCUCUCCUGAAACAGCCCUUAGAGCUGCUUAGGGAGAGGGCAAGCAAACGCUGGUUUAACUCAGAGUAGAUUUCAAAGAAUAGCAAGUAGGAGUAACUGGAAACCAAAAGUUACAUGUAAAAUAAAAUCACAGCACAUAUCCUGGGGCCUAGGCAAUUAACCAAAUACUGAGGGUUGCUCCCCCAAAGAUCCUCUCAGCGAUUUCCAGCCUGCUUGGCUGUGACCUUCUGUUCAUAGGCAAACACACAGCUUGCUUCCUGGGAGAAGGAUCCGGCCUGUCUCUUUGCAACCCCAGAUAUUGCAAAACAGUCCUUUGAUCUUUGUUCCUAAACUGUGUGCUCCUUCUUGUCGAUUUCACGGUCUCCUGUCAAUUUCACAAUCUUGAUUAGCUGGUGGCUGUGUAAGAAAAUAAACGUACACUCUGA